AUGGUUUUAUAUAUUAAAACCUUAUUAUCCAGUGAUAGUACAGAGUUUCUUCCUAUUAGCCAAAAUAAUUCUUGUGCGGCACAGCAUGGUGGAAUCAACUCGGAUCCCCCCGAAGAAUUCUCGCCCGCCGUGACUGCGACAUGCAAGGCCGGCAGGAUGAACAUCAGGAUACAUUUUCGAGGGCCCUAUCAAGGCGUCGCGCAUUCUAGGGACUUCAGAACGCCGGCCUGCAUGGCGUCGGGCGACGGCGGCCGGACACUGCACCUCAGCGUCGAUCUCACCGCCCAGCAGGGACAACCCGAGUAUUGCGGCGUACUAGUCAACAAUAGAACUGAAGAGCGUUCGGUGCCUUUGGCUGUUAGGGUCCACCGAACAUUAGAAUUAGCCGAUGACAAAUUCUAUGUAAUUACUUGCGGAAAAGCAGGAUUCAAAAAUGCCAGAAAUGAAACAUCUCUCGUUUCUCUACGGAUAUUAGACCAAGGCCGAAGGGCUCAAGAAACAAUUUAUGGAAGGCCAUACACGUUAAGGGCUGAAAUUAGCAAACCUGAUGGUGCUUAUGGAAUUCGAGUCAAAAACUGUUUUGCUUUCAACAAAAAGAAUACGAGUGUUUCUCUAAUAGAUGAAAGAGGAUGUCCGAGGGAUGAGGCUGUAAUAUCUGAGUUCCAUUAUGAUCCAAGUUCUGGAACUGCCGAUGCGGAACUUCGGUCUAUGUUCCGGUUUCAGGACGGAACCGAAGUUCAUAUACAAUGUGCUGUUGCUAUUUGCAGAGGUGCUUGCGAAAAUCUCGACUGCAACGAUCCGGACUCUCACAGUUCGCUUAGUGUGAAAGGAGCCCAAGAAGACGGUGUCGUCUUGGCGGCCACCAGCGUCUUCGUCCUUGAUCCUGGCGAGACCCCAGCUCUACAAGCGGUCUGUGAUUCUGGUGUCCAUCCAUCCUGGUUACUUUGGCUCUGCAUAGCCCUAGGAGUUUUAUUCCUGAUCAUGUUGCUCAUCAAUAUAUUCCUAUGCAGUGCUAUGACUUGCAGUUGUGCCAGAACCGAGGUUAUUGAAAAGGAGCCAUCAAUCAUCGAGGAGUAUGAUCCUUACAGGAGUUGGCAUGGUUCUCAAUACGGUUCAAGGUAUUCCCUUCAUGGGGGACAUGGGAAUGGUAAAGGAUAUGCAUCUGGGGGAUCCACUAUUCAUUCCACCAGGUCUGUGUCCCCGUACAGCGACCAUUAUGCAGUGCUCCAUUCGAGGCCUGGAUCACGGUACUCAGCGGGACCCCAGGGGCACAAUCGGACGCAGCCGAGGGGCACCUCCGGGCACAUGUGAUGGAAGGAAUGAAUGAAUAUUCAAAUUUAUUACAGAACAUUUAGGAAACGAUGAGAGUAGAUUAAGUCAGGUGAACUCGGUGAAAAACCAACCGCGUUUUUAUUAUGUUAGAUUUUAAGUGAUUAAAAUUAUGAUGGAGGGUGCAAGUAUAUGUGAGAUUUAUAGUUAAUGAAUAAUCAU